AUGGCACAAACAUCGAGUACAUCUACAGAUCCAAGCAUUAGAGCAAUCUUAGAUGCAAUACAGAAGCAGAAUGAACGUCAUGAGAGCAACAUGGCAGAAAUACAAAGAAUGCUUAAAGUUGCUAAUGAUGAGAACUAUAAACGAGCAAAAGAAAUUGAGACGUUAGGGAAAAGUCUAGCCUCUCUACGAAUAGCAGGCAGCCUAGCAACCUCAGACUUCAGCGGAAUGCCCACAGAAGACGAGAGUACACUCUCAGCUGAAACCGUUAGAACCACGUCACGCAGAAAAAUCACACCUAAAAACGUACCAGUACCCAGAGAAACAAGCGAUGGAUCAGAAGAAGACGAAGGAUUACCUCAACCAGAGCAAUCCGAAAGUCCUAGACAUCCAGCCAAGUUGUCUAUACAAUUUAUUCCAGUCCUAAAAGGCAGGGACGAUAUUGGAAUUGAAGGCUUCAUAAAAAAGGUCAGGAAAGCCAGAG